CUUAAAAGAGACUAGAAGAUCAUCUUUAACAACUGGACAGAAGUCGUCCCCUCAAUCCAAUUGCGUCCCCCUUCUGAAUUCCCCGACCCAUUCCCUCCCCCCCCUCUGUCUUUGGUUGAUAGGCACUGUUUCGGACUGGAAUGAGUGAAGGGGGAAGGAUCAAUAAAUGGAUCAGGGGGCAACAGUAGAAGCAAAAUGGCAAGCGGAUCUGCCACAAGCAGCCUUCACGAACGGUGGACCCAGGACACGGAAGCUUACAGCGGUCAACCGGCAACCCGAACGGAGGAACACAGGAGCAACAAAUGGCAACAUAAAGAAGGAGAAACUAGGUUCUCAGCAGCAGGUAUCUGGCGCCUGGCACAGGGCGAAGAGAGCAGUCGUCAUGCCGGCGGCGGCGACGAAGAAGGCGCCCGCGGGGCCCAAGGGCCCCAAGAAGAAGACGGUGACUUUCACCAUUGAUUGCAACAAGCCUGUCGAAGAUGCGAUCAUGGAGAUUGCCUCGUUUGAGAAAUACCUAGAGGAUAGAAUAAAGGUUGGCGGGAAGACUGGAGUUCUGGGCAAUCAAAUCAUCAUCUCGUGGGAGAAGUCGAAGAUCAACGUCACUUCGGAGAGCUUGAUGUCCAAGAGGUACUUGAAGUAUUUGACGAAGAAAUAUCUGAAGAAGCACAAUGUGCGGGACUGGCUUAGGGUUAUUGCCUCGAACAAGGACAGGAAUGUCUACGAGUUGAAGUACUUCAACAUUCAGGACAACGAGGCAGAGGAGGAGGAAUGAGAUGGGUUCUGCGGCUGCAUCUGGCUUCGUUUCUGUGUGCUGUUCCUGUGUUCUUUUUCCCGUUCCUUCAUGUGUGGUUGGCCCUCUCCUCCCAUUGCGUCACUCAAUCGGUCGUUCGGUCGUCAAUCAAUCGGUCGUUCGGUAGAUCGAUCGGUCGGUCGCUCGGKCUCUCGGUCGGUCGGGGUGAGUGCCGUUGAAACUGAUCGUUUCUUCCUGAGGAAAUUCGCUGCGACCGAUGCAGUGAGUGCCCUUCUAUCACGCCU